AAUGGUGAGAAUUUCUGCAUUCUGGAUGAGCAGAGAUUUGCCAAGGAGCUACUCCCGAAGUACUUCAAACACAACAAUAUCUCCAGCUUCAUACGACAGCUUAACAUGUAUGGUUUCAGGAAGGUGAUUGCCCUGGAGAAUGGUAUGAUUACAGCAGAGAAAAGCUCAGUCAUUGAGUUCCAGCACCCUUUCUUCAAGCAAGGGAAGGCACAUUUACUUGAAAACAUCAAGCGCAAGGUAUCUGCAGUAAGAACUGAGGAUCUCAAGGUCUGUGCGGAGGAUUUGCACAAAGUACUCUCUGAAGUCCAAGAAAUGAGAGAGCAACAGAACAACAUGGAUGUCAGACUGGCUAACAUGAAGAGAGAAAAUAAGGCCCUGUGGAAAGAAGUGGCAGUUCUAAGGCAGAAGCACAGUCAACAACAGAAGCUGCUGUCUAAGAUUCUUCAGUUUAUACUAAGUUUGAUGCGAGGAAAUUAUAUUGUUGGGGUCAAAAGAAAAAGGUCUCUAACAGAUGCUGCAGGUGCUUCACCUUCCAAAUACAGUCGUCAGUAUGUCCGCAUACCUGUUGAGAGUGGCCAAGCAAUGGCUUUUUCUGAACAUAAUGCAGAUGAUGAGGAUGGAAAUGGUACAGGUCUCAUCAUUCGGGAUAUCACUGAUACCCUCGAAAAUGCCACCAGUGGUCUCCCUGCUGUGGCACACACAAGUGGCAGAGCCAGAGAGACACAGGCAGCUGUGGAUCCUGGCUUACCUAUUUGUCAAGUAUCACAGCCAAACGUGUUAAAUUUGGCUGCAGAACCUAUCCCACCAGUUCAUAUAAGUGACGUCAACAAACCCAGUGAAAUAGGAAAUGUUGCUGUGGAACUCCAUACUGCACAACCUAAUACUCCAGAAGACCCUGUGUCAGUGAUUGACUCCAUCUUAAAUGAGAAUAAUGCUGGAAACCAAAACGAUCCUUUGCUGGACAGAGAAGAAAUUCAGGAUUUUCUUAAUUGUAUUGAUGCCAGCCUUGAAGAGCUUCAAGCAAUGUUAUCGGGGAAGCAGUAUAACUUUGGUUCUGAAGCUUUCAGUGAUACACUUAAUCCUGAGCUGCCAGCUCUGGAUAUGAACUUGAUGGAAACUUCCCCUGGUAUGGAAAAUAUUGCAAACUUGGCAGAGAGCGCUGAAGACCUGGGAUCAAGUGAGAGAGAAACAGCAGGAAGCAAAGAUAUGCAGCUGAUACAGUACAGGGCCAAUCCUCUGCUUUCAUUAUUCGAAGAACUACCUUCAGGUGAAGCUGCAGGGAAGAUAGAGGACCCAAAAGAUCUCCUAUUGCCUCCCCUGGAGGAGAAACCUGUUCUUCAUCCUCCGUCAGGUAGUGGAACUGUCUUGCCGCUAGCAGCUGCAGCAAGCCAGGCUGAGCCUCUGGAUGCUCUGGGAAUGGGUGACCCACCUCUCCUCUCAGAAGAUGGCAAUGGAGAGUAUAAACUGUUUCCACUCUUGCUUCUCAGUCCUGUUGCUAACUUCAUAGAAGAGGCCUCUGAGAUAGAAACUUCUUGA